AUGAGCGAGCAGAUAUCUCGACUCGUCAGUUCUGUCGAAGAAGAGUACCGACAUGGCGCUGAAGAUGAGGUCAUGGCGGAUCCCAAUAUGGAGUGGAAGGAUAUGGCAGGAGGACAAGAGUUUGAAAUCAGAGAUGAGUCGGAUGAUGGCGAUGGCGAUGCGGCGAGGCAGCACCUGAGAAAGGCAGUAGCACGGGUUUUCGCAAUCAACAAACCUUUAUACAUAGCAGCGACUGCGUGUACCCUUCAUAAGAGCAGUCCUUUACACCCUCUCAGGUAG